UCAACAUGAUGGCGUAGCAUUUGGCGCUGUAACAUUAGUCCCUCCCAUAAGGUGCUAACCGAGUUAGCUGCAUGUCCUUGCCAUGGUGUUUGCCUGGUCAUGAACUGUUAACGUUAAUGUUAGUCGGUAAAGCGGCAGUUGUCAUUCAUUCUCCGAGAGACGAGACGCACAUUGCAGCUUUUAAUAGAAAAGACUUCUAUUUACUGCUAAAUUACGAGCCAACCACAGCACUAUCGCCACCAACUGUUUGUGGAUGUGAUCAUCAAAGGUCCUGUUGAUAUGUGCCAAAUGUGAGUGACGUAGAAGCUCCACCAUGGUGAAAAUAUUCAUCGGGAACUUGUCACCAGACACUACAGCCGAUGAACUUCGCUCUCUCUUCUCCCAAUAUGGCAAGAUUGGAGAAUGCAGUAUUGUCAAGAACUUUGGCUUUGUGCACAUGGAUGACAAAGCGGAGGCCGAAGAAGCCAUCAGCAACCUCCACCAUUACGAGCUAAAUGGCCAGCCAAUGAAUGUAGAAUUGAGCCGUGGCAAGUCGAGAGGAUCCACUAAACUACAUGUUGGCAACAUUGCCUGUACCAACCAGGAGCUGAGGGCCAAGUUUGAAGAGUUUGGCUCCGUGUUGGAGUGUGACAUAGUAAAAAACUAUGCUUUUGUUCACAUGGAUCGAAUGGAGGAUGCCCUGGAAGUCAUUAAUCAGUUAGACAACACAGCUUUUAAAGGCAAACUGAUGAGCGUGAAGCUUUCGACUAGCCGCCUGCGUACUGCGCCGGGAAUGGGAGACCGAUCGGGUUGUUAUCGUUGCGGGCAGGAAGGCCACUGGUCCAAAGAAUGCCCUCUAGACCAAAAUGGCUUCCACAGAAACGGCUCAGAGCCAAAGUCUGAUGAAUACGAUACCUCGAGAUUUGGCGGGCGUGCUCGCAACAGGGGUUAUCCGGACUUCAGUGGCGAUCCAGAUUAUGGUGCCGGCUAUGCUCCUGUACAUGGUUUUUCCCGGGGUUCUGGUCACAGCAGCAGCAUUGCAGGGUACAGAAGGGGUUCAGGCUACGAGAGUGCAAUGAGAUACGGGCCGCAUCCAGGUUACGGCAUAAGCGCUGUUGCUGAACAUAGCAUGGCUCGGAUGUAUGGCAGUGAGGCGGCAUACAGGAGCAACAGCUCACUCUAUGGCGCGGUACCAACCUACCCAAUGCAACGGUCGCCUUAUGAGGAAAGAGAUCCAUACGGGGUUGUGGACUACUACGAGAAGUACAGGGCCAAUUCUUACGGCGGCAGUUAUUUCGAGGAACGUCGCGCUGUCCCCUUGCCUGCUCCAUCAACAUCUUCCACAGCUUUAAUGAGGGAACGUCUGCCCCCCUCUAGCCUCGACCCAUACGAGUGCCCUCCCGUCCCUCAUCCAGCAGCCCCAGUCUCCUCAUACUACGCACGUGACCGGAGUCCGAUUCGGAGAGUCCCUAUCGAGGCAGAUGGAUACGCAUAUGAGCGUUCGCGGCUUUCCCCGGUGCCCGCCCUCCCAAGAAGUUCUACCUAUGGCCACCUGCGGGAUCCCGCCGUCGAUCGGGCACGAUAUACAUACUAAUCCUUGUUGCAUACAGCCAGGUGAGAGCUGUCUGACAUUUAGUCGAUAGGAUAGCCUAAGUGCCAUUGGAAUCACUGAAAAUGAAACAUUCAACAUAAUAUGUCAUUGGUAAUAUCAAAGGCAAAAGUCAGCCCUCUGUGUAUGUGAGGCGUUUGGGUAGUAAGAAUAAGGCUACAAUAAAGCUUACCAACCAUAAUAGCCAACAAGUAUAUUUCAAUGUGAAUGGUUGUCUGCCCUCACAUGCUAUGAUUUCAUUCCAGGUACUCUGAAAUGCAGUACAACUUAUGCUCCGUUGACCACCUUUCAUUGUCCUAUUUACGUGUUGUGCUAUUGGUGCCGUUCUGAAAUGGUUUAGCCUAACUGCAGAUACCGGGUUUAUCCACAUCCUGGUUGACGUCUAUUCAUGAGACUGUAAGAACUUAAUUUUUGCCCCUCUUAAAUUAACUAUAUGUUUAUACUCUAUUUAGACUCAGUUAAUAGAAGCAAAUUAAAUUAGUGCAUGGUGCAUGUUUUAAAGGCGAGUCUUAGUCACACUAAUUGAAUUUAAUAUUUUUUUCAGCUGAAUUUAAUGUAUUACCAUGUUCAUUUUACUGUAUUUGUGUUUGUGUAAGUUCACAUUGUUAUUUGAUAUGUGAAGCAAUGGAAAAACAAAUUUGAAUACUCUUCAAAUACUGUUUCAUCACCUACAUUGUUUAACCUGUGGGCAUAAAUGUCACACCUGUACCAAAUAUGGACCAGCACAGUUAUAAAAAUGGUUACACUUUUGUAUUUUAGUUAUAUCAAACUUUUAUUUUUAUUUUUACUAAGUUAACUUUUAUCCAGCUGCAUUGUGAUUUUUUUUGUCACUAGGCACAUUACUUACAUUAAAUAGAUUUUCAUUGCUGUGAUAAAUAUGAGGCUUUUCAUUUUGAACAUAUGUUAUAGUUUCAUAAUCAACAUGACGUCAAAUGUCUAUGUUGUCAGUAUUGAUUUCUAAUGAAGAGGUUAAAAAUAAAAUCUGUUUGUCUAAAGCCUGAAAA